ACCCAACAAUUUUCAUUGAACUACUAGCACUACUACUACUGCUGCUUCAAAGUUCAUACUCAUAAGCAAAGCAACUGAACAUGACUCCCAAGGCUUCUUUCUUUCUCUUCUCUAUUUUAGCACUUCUGUUUGCUGCAAGAGCUCAAGACAGAGCUCCUCAUGGCCUGGCUUUUGAGAAUCCAGUGGCCUUUUCACCCUCCGCAGUUGAAUUUUUCCAUCCGAAAACACAAGAACCCAACACUAAGAAACCUUGUGCAGAAUCAUCUGGUUGUUCAUCAUUGCCUCUAGCAGCUGAAGUGGAGGCUACUCAAACACAGGAAACUGAAGUAUCAUCAUCCCAGAAAGUUGGGAGUCAGCUAGGAGCUGGCGGCAUUACCGGCAUUGUGCUCGGUUUGGCAUUUGCAAUGCUACUAGCAAUGGAGGGUUUUUAAGUAUUCAUCACAUGUCGAGUCAACCUCAAAUGUGGCAGCUCCAUUUCAACCUGAUGCUUGAUGGGGUUACUACAUUAGGCUUGAUUUUUUUGACAGACCAUUUCCUCCUUCUGCCUCCUGCUAUUCUGUUUUGCCAGUCAUUCUGUUAUUUCUUACUAUCUAAUGUGUUCUAAUUUGUUUUUUUUUUUAUCUGGAAUGUAUCAAGGUUUCAAUAGUGCUUAUUGCUUCAUAUUCUACAAGUGACGCACCAUUAUCAGCUUUUUACAACGAGGAAAAUAAAUGAAUUCUAAGCAAUGCAGACAGAUGUGGAAAAGUAGACGUCUAAGUAGCACAUAAAAGAAUGUUCUAACACAAUCAAAGGUUCAAAUCAUUGGGUUACACAAGCUAGUUGCUCAAAAGAAAGGCUAAAUUACUAUGGGGUCCCCACUUAUAACAUUAUUUAUUACUAUGUCCCUCAAUUUUAAAAAAUGGAUUAAAAGGUCU